AUGGAUGUGGAGUUGUUGAGGGGAAGAAAGCUGUGUGCGUGCUCAUGUGUGCACACGCACUUCACACCCUUCACAUGCACCAAUUGUUAUUCUGAAUGUCUGGCAUGCCCAAAAAGAGGGGGGAACUAUCAGCAACUUGAACAGAAGAACUUAUCCAAACAUGGGGAAAGUGAGAAGCAUCACACCUAUGAAGACCUCUAUAUUCAAGCUCAGUGGAAUAAUCUGUUGACAUUGACACCAACUUCAACUUUGACACCGACAUUGACACCGACAUUGACACCAACUUUGACACCAACUUUGACAUUCAACACCCCACCCAUUUAUUCUGCCAUUCCUCCUCUCAACCAAGACUCCCUUGGGUCACAAUAUGAAGAAAUGAUGCAGAUAUCUGCCCUUUGGACCCCCACAAAUAGAGAGAUUUCUCUAAGUGGAAAUGAAUAUUUUGAAGAGGACUAUUAUCAGGACUAUAUUCAAGCUUUGGAGACUGAAGAAGUCAUCUUCUGCCAUCUUCCAUCCCACUACGCAACAGAAUCAUCAGAGUUGCCAGAUGAAGUUGAAGAUGGCAAUGAGGAGGAGGAAGUUGAUGAUGGGCCUGAAGUUCCCUCCAUUUCUGAUACCACUUCCUAUAAAAUUCCAAGUACAAACACACCAACAUAUCCUUGGGCUUCAAUGCCUUUAUUUCUGACACAAUUGUUGUUCAGUGGCAGUAUAAGAGUUCAGUUCUCAGAGAUUCAGAAGACAGCAGUGAUUACAUGGGCAAAAUCUCUUGGAGCACAGAAUAUUCCAUCUCUUGGUACUUUGAAGAAAGCUCAGAAAGCAAUUGAGGAUAUGGUGACAAGGCCAACAGAGAAAGUAACAUCUUUCUCAGGUACAGUGUCCUAUAUCAAUGAUAUAGCAAAGGCUAUAGCAAAGGACUUCUCAAAUCCAAUAACACAGUUUGUGAUGAUUGAAUAUCCCGAAGAUGGUCAAGACUCAAUGUCAGAACUGUGUCAUGGGAAGAAGUGGCUGGUUGACCUUCCACAUUAA